AUGCAAGUCAAAAUCUUGGCAGGCUUCUUUCUGCUCAUCACCAGCGUCUUGGCCGGUGGUUACGCCGGUGCACUAGAACGUGUGUGGCUAUUUUACGCCUAUCAAAUUGACGGGCUGAACGAUAAAAACAUCCAAACUCUUGGGUAUUAUUGCUUGAAAUAUGACCGCGCUCAGCAGAAAUGCCUUAAGACAGGCAAAAAUGAUCCAUGGAAGGCGUGCCGAGGCCAAAUUGGGCCAGGCAAACGAUGCAGCAUGACUGCACUCCUCAACCAACUUGGCCGCGUAGGUCCCUAUGACCAGCUUGUUGCAGACAGCGCGGGCAAGCCGUUGCCCCUAGACACGGCAGAUCCUGACCCCCAGAAGACUGCGGAGAACUUUUAUAAACAUCAACAGGAUCCAGCUUUUAAAUCCCCUGGGGUCAAGAAUUGGGCGCCAUAUAGGAUACUGAAAGAUGGUACUACGGACUACGUGAGUGCCAUCGACAAGAUUUCAGAUGUUGUGGCCAAAACAUCAGUAGAGGUUAGACUCAAAGCCGCAACAGCUGGUAAAUCCCUGGACGAUGCAACCGAGAAGCUGUUUUCACGUUUUGAAGAAACCAGCCGCCUGAUCAAGACUGCCAGAAUAGGCGACCAUGGCCCCUACCUCAUCGCUGCAGCGGAAAAGUUUUUGAAACCGCACGGCAUCGAUGUGAAAAUAGAGGUUCUCGAUCCACCGGUCAACCCUGUUGACAGCACAAGAAAUUGGAAGACUGUCGAUUGGGAAAAGACCAUAGCCGCGGCCGUGGAAGCUGGGAAGGGUACUAGAGAACAGAUGGAGAAAUUGAUGGACGAUGCGAAGAAGGAUUUCUAUGAUGCUCCAGUUGAUGGUCGUACGGAAACUGAACUCGAAAAAGAAGCUCGUGAUCAGGCCCGAGAGCACAGAGCGGCCAUAACGGCUUUUACGAAUGCACACAACAAAGCCGCAGGAUGUAUAUAA